AUGGAUAGAGAGUUACCUUGCUAUAGAGUCGGGAGUAAAGAUCUUUACUUCGCGGGAAUGUUACUGCCGCAGGACACGGAUACUGGUCCUUCAGAUGAGACCAAGGUCCGGUCAAAAAAAGAUCCUUCACUGCUCAAAGGACCUAAGUCCAAGUACAGAUUUUACACUGUGAGCUGCCCGGUAGGAUGGGAAAAGCACAACUCCUCCUGUUACCAUUUCAGCCGUGAACAAAUAUCGUGGUUUGAUGCCAUGAAAAUGUGCCAAGUUCACGGGGGUCACCUCGUUCACAUUGAAAAUGACCUGGAGGACAGAUUCAUUGUUAAUCUCAUGCAUAAAAAUAAUUGUAAUAGUGUAUGGCUGGGUGCUUCAGACUGGAACAUUGAAGGCUUAUGGGUAUGGGAGCCGAAUGGCGAUAGACUCAAUUAUACAAACUUUGACGUUGGAAGGCCUAAUAAUUUAGGCACAGAGAACUGUCUGAUGAUUGACGGCUCGUCUUAUAGUCAUCACAGCUAUAAGUGGGACGACAGGAGCUGCGAGAAUCUGCACUGUUACGUUUGCGAAUUAAUUGAUGCAGACGUUGGAUUUCUUAUUGGUUGAUGGUAUUUGAGAAGAAAAAUACAU